AGUAAUGUCACUAUGACAGUUUAGAAAAAAAAUACUGCAAUUAUUUCGGCUGGUCCUUGUAAUGAUUUUUGUUUUCCCAAUACAAUUUAUUUGAGAACUUUAGAAUAAAAUGGAGGUGUUUAAUAAAUUCUACUCAUCUGUUAGCAAUACAGUUUCACAGUUGUCUGGAGUUUUACCGGGAAAUCCAGUGACUAGAGAGUUUGAAGCUACGCAAUUCAUCGCCAGCGCUGGUCCAGGUUUAUUAUGGAAAAUUUACAAAGGGUAUAAAAAGUCGACCAAGCAAGAGGCUUCAAUAUUUGUGUUCGAGAAGAAACAUCUGGAGAGAUGGUCGAAGGCUGAUAGAGACAUAAUGCUGGAGACACUGAGGCGUGGCAUCGUGCAGCUGACGAAACUGCGGCACCCGCAGAUACUCACGGUCCAGCACAGCCUUGAGGAGAGCCGCGAAAGUCUAGCUUUCGCCACUGAACCAGUUUUUGCUAGUUUAGCCAACAUUUUGGGCAACACAGAGAACAUGCCGCAGCCUGUGCCCAACCAUUUGAGCAAUUAUAAGCUCUAUGAGCUGGAAAUUAAGUAUGGUUUGAUGCAGAUAGCUGAAGGAUUAGCAUUUCUGCACAAUGAUGUGAAGCUUUUGCAUCACAAUGUGUGCCCGGAGUCGAUAAUAGUGAACCAGCAGGGCGCAUGGAAGAUAUUUGGGUUUGAUUUUUGUAUUGCUAACCAGAGUGGUCCAGGUGCAGCUCCGUUCUGGCCUUUUACUGAGUACUGUCAGGCCAUGCACCCUCUGACGCAGCCAGUUCUUGAUUAUUUGGCUCCUGAGUACGUCCUUUCAGCAACACAUUCCCCUGCAAGUGACAUCUUCUCUCUAGGAAUGGUUAUUUAUGUUCUGCACAGCACAGGCCACCAAACGUUGGGGAAUGUUGGUAAUGAUUACUCAAAAUUUAAACGGUUUGCCACCGAGAUAAGAAAUCUGCCUUCUUCAAGGUUAUCUUGUGUAGUUGAUGGGCUCAGAGAUUAUGUGAAACUUAUGCUGAAUGCUACUCCAGAGCUAAGGCCAGAUCCACAUCAAUUCUUAAAAAUUUCAUAUUUUGAAGAUGUGGGUGUAAAAACUCUCAACUACCUGGAUUCUUUAUUCCAAUGGGACAAUUUACAAAAAUCACAGUUUUACAAGGGCCUGCCGCAGAUAAUACAGAAAAUGCCACACCGGAUAUGCAUUUACCGAAUCCUGCCAUGUCUCUCAAAAGAGUUUGUGAACCCGCCUAUGGUGCCAUUUGUGUUACCGAACGUUUUGCUGAUCGCCGAGAAUUCUACGAAGGAGGAAUUCAUAAAGUAUAUCCUGCCAGUGUUGAAGCCAGUCAUGAUGAUACAAGAUCCGAUUCAGAUAUUGUUGAUAUUCAUGCAAAAGAUGGAGCUUUUGUUGAAACUGACCCCAGGAGAUGAAGUUAAGAGUGAUAUACUGCCGAUGUUGUAUCGGGCUUUGGAAUCUGAUGCCCAGCAGAUACAGGAACUUUGUUUAUCUGUCUUACCCACUUUUGCAUCUUUAAUUGACUAUCCGGCGAUGAAGAAUGCACUUCUGCCGCGAAUCAAGAAGCUGUGUAUGAGCACAAACUACAUCUCAGUACGAGUGAAUUGUUUGCUGUGUCUUGGCAAGUUGCUGGAGCAUUUGGACAAAUGGCUGGUGUUGGAUGAGAUUAUACCUUUCCUGCCUCAGAUACCAUCUAGGGAGCCUGCUGUGUUAAUGGGGAUUUUAGGUAUUUACAAGCUUGCUCUAAGCCACAAGAAGCUAGGAAUCACAAAGGAGGUUAUGGCAACAAAAGUGUUACCCUUCCUCAUUCCGUUAUGUGUUGAGAAUGGCUUGACAUUAAAUCAGUUUAACGCACUCAUCACAUUGGUAAAACAGAUGAUUUCUAAAGUAGAAACAGAACACAGAGCAAAGUUGGAGCAACUGAAUUCCAUCCAAAAUGAAUCCAAAGUGAUGGAGCACUCACUGGCAGCUACAGACAACUUGGUGUCAGCGCCCGCGCCGCAGACCGACAUAGACAAAAUGUUUUCCGGUUUAGGAUUGGAUCCGUUCUCUUUUCAAAACUCGAAGGGACCGGAGAAAGGCGAGCCGGCCAUGCCGAAUGUGGGCGACAACAGCGGGUCGCUUAGCAUUGAAGAGAAACAAAGGAUAGCACAGCAGCAAGAAACAGUCCGCAAGUUCAACAACCAGCCGGCUCCCACUGCCAUUCCGGCCAUUCCAAAGCACCCGCCUCGGACCGUAGACCUCACCAGCUCCCUCCUACAAUCUAACCUCUCCCAGCUCACCUCUCACAAGUCUUUCCCCUCCCCUGCCCCUACCAAACCCCCCCUUAACAUGACGCUAUCAAGUCCCAAUUAUAAUGUCCAAACAGGACCCAACUAUAACGUAAACCAACCCAGACCGUACCAAUUCCCAGCGUCCAAUCCCAACAGUCUCCCCGGGUUUGACAACCAACUCGCUUUACCACCCAAUACCGGCUGGAAUCCCCAAACGACUGGUAACUUCAAUAACAAAUGGGCCAAUAACCAAAAUCAGCAAACGAAUAUGAAACAGGAUUGGUCAGCCUUCGAAUCUCUUUUACCGAGUCAGAGCAAUAACAAUCCGACCACCAAUAACAAUGUUAAAAAGUUAACCGACAGCGAAAUGAUGGAUUUGCUUAGCUAAACUCGGAUGAAGAACAGGGUCUCGAGAUUUCGUUAUUUAACCGUUUUACAAAGUAGAAUUAAACUGGACUGGUAAGUGAAAUAGAAAACAUUUUACAAAAUCUAAU